UGAGAGACAAGUGGAAGAAGAAGCGUACCAGACGCCUGAAGCGCAAGCGCAGAAAGAUGCGUGCCCGCUCGAAGUAAAUUAAUCACUUCGCCCGUUGGCUUGGCUCGCUGAGCACGUUUGCUCGUGCUCGAACGGCUGUGGUCAGCACCCUUUUCGUGGUGUGCAAUGCACUUUUCACCCAAAAGACUAUUGUUUUAUAACAGCGGGUGCCUCCUUGUAGAGGGCCUGCUCGAAUGAAUAAAUCAUUGCGAAAAGUCAGCCCUGAGGUGUGAGAAGGCCAUGGAACCAUUUCUGUCGAACAAUGCAGGCAGCGAAUAUAUCGCAGGGGAUGCUAGGACGGGGUUAUGCACGGGUGGUGUGUUUUCCAACAGUGUCGCUUGUCAUGUCCAGCUAUCGUGCAGUAGCAGAAACCGAUCCGGAUCCAUGGGGUGCUGUGGUGCAGUAUCUCAAGGAAACGCGCGAUCCUUCGGAGACAACAAGGUACACCCUAUGCUCGGAUGUCCAGCUCAGCAGCCCUCUGACCAAUCCGCCAUUUGUUGGCCGAGCAACGCCAUUGCAGCUAGUCCGACAGCAGCAGCAUCUGGAGAAAGCACCGGAGGCGGCAGAAACGCAGUCGUCUGAAGCAAGCGACGACAUGGAGGAUAUCAGCUGGGCAAUUGAGAUGCUAUCAGCGAUCACUGACUAUGAUGCAGCAAUACGUGUCUGGCAGCUCCCGAACGCAACGCUGCGGCGGGUAUGUGAUGCUGGUCUGGACGUGCACAAUGCCAGUGGCCCAGCUCUUGCGCAGUUCAUCAAAUCCGUGCUAUCAAACUCAGCAGUGAGCCUUGAGAACCAACAUUACUUGCUAGGGCGUGCCGCUGCCAGCGAGUGGUUCUCCAGCCAGCAGGUGAUUCCAGCUGUGGUACACAGCCAGCUUAGCGCAAUGCUCUCAACACAGUCCAUGACCAUUGCACAGGGGCUGAUUGCAAAGCUCAUCGAAGAGCCGGGCAGAUUGACAGGGCCGGCAGCAGGCUUGGCAGUAAAGCUGCUGAAAGCCGUGGAUAUGCCUAUGGUGACCGUUAUGUGGGUGUUGGGCGAAGUUGUUGCAGUGGCAAAGAAGAAUUCGCGGGACUUUGCCGACAACGAUGCAUUGUGGACAAUUGCUGAGGCAGCAAUCAGUGCGCUACCGUCUGACGCUGUGUCCGGAGGCUGCGGGCUAGGUGCGCGAUGGGCAGAGAUGCUGCAUGUAGUGGUGCCGGCGAACAGCAGGUCAAGGAAGUUGAGCGUGUGCAUGCUCCAUUUUGUCAACAAGUUCGGCGGACAGCUGACCAGUGCAGAGCUGGAUCAGACCGUCUGUGCGGCGGGCGUGCUAGCUACGCCGCUGAAAAAGUCGAUCGUGUCAGCAGCAAACAGGAAGCGGGCCAAAUAACAAAAUCGUGAUCAAAUCACGCGCCUUUUUAUCUUCAGUAAAUUUGCAGUUUUGCAGUUUUCUGCUCUUCAAUUUCGCGCAAUUCUCAUUUCAUAAUCGCCCCUCCCUCUCUAUACAAAGAAUGUUUGGUUCCUUCCUAGGCGCGUUCAAGCCCACCAUGGCGACACUCGGCGGCCGUGCGUGGCGGAUUCCCUGGCGGCUGAGCAAGACGCGCAAGGCCAACGUGCGCAAGCGCCUGCGCGAGGUGGACAGCGUCGUCGAUACGCUGCUGGCGUCGGGCGUGCAGUGCAAGCAGCUGGACGCGAUCAAGGACAUGCCGCGGGAGGCGGAGAUGCUGGCGCGCGACAAGUACACGACGUUCUCGCGGACGGCCAAGAACCACCGGAAGGGAGUGCACAAAGUGCCACACUUCACAAAGCGGCCGAUCCCGCGCACAACGCCGGCUGGGUUCUAAGGUUUUGAGGGCAUUAAAAAUACAUGGACAGUUUGUAUGCAUC